CACUGGUCGUCUCUCAAUUUUUUUUGUGAAUACUCCAUAACCUGUGAUAGUCAUGGCCUCUCCUUGGAAAUCCGCUGGUAUCUCUUACCUCAAGUACGCUCAGAUCUGCGCUCGCGCUGUCCGCAACAGCCUUAAGGAUGAUGUUCGCACUGCCGCUCAACGCCGCGAUGCCAACGGCCUCAAGGUUGCUAAGUGGGAAAACGGCAAGGCUGGUGAACAGAAAUUCAUCGUCCCUCCCAAGGCCGAAUAAUUAAAAACCAAAAUUGUUCUACACUGUCAACAGAAGAUUACGCAAUGACAUGAUUUUUAUUAUCAAGUGUUGUUCGUCAAAAUUACUUGGCGCAGGAUGGUUCAGCCAUUACUAGUCAUCGACUGAAAUGAUAGU